CCAACCUAGACUGGCGUGCUUUGGUACCGCCUACAGUUACGUACACUGCGGCGCUCGCUGUGCAGAAUUCAUCUCCUUAUCGUUUUUGCCUCUUGGCCUUCUUUUCCUUUCAAACACCGCAUGCCACGUCCCCCGACCGUCGCCAUCCCCAAGGUCAACCCCAUCAACUGGAUCCAAUAAGGCUGCGGGACGUAUUUUCUUUGUGUUUUCCUCUUUCUUCUUUCAACGACGCCGCCUGUUGCUGCAACCACCGAAACACCACCCGCCGACCGUGUGUGUGCGCUGUUGCAACGCUUUCCAACCCCCAACUCCGCCGCUGUUGCGACUUCCUCAACCACCAAAACGCAGCACAACCGCACGAAUCGCACGAAUUGAACGCCGUCUAGGCAACCAGCCGCGACCAAACCUGCUUUUGGGUGCGAAAAACACCCAAAUUGCCCGCCUCUGCGCUGGUCAUGACAUCAGCGAGCGGUCCCGGCCACGGCAGCCCGAUGAUCGCGGGGGCUCUCCAUCCCAACACGGAUUUCCACGACUUUUCCGAGGAUGAGCUUGCUGCUUCCAACGUUUUCAACUUUGCCGAUAGCCCCGACACCCUCCAGACCCUAGAAUCCGCCGCCAGCGCCAACAGCAAGGACGCAGCGGCCUUCCUAAACCCCCAGCAGCUCGCGGCGGGUCCGUUGCCGGACUCUCCCAACUCAUACCACGACGACUCGUCCGAGUCUGCUGAGUCUUCUAAGCGCGCAGACAGCUCCGUCUCCUACAAGACGCCCGCGAGCACCACAGACGCCAGCAUGGCCGAUACUGGCGAUGUAAAGAUGGAAUGGGGCGCUCACAACGGCUACGGCUCAUACGACGAUGACGAUGCCGCCUUCAACUUUGGCUCAACGGCAGACUCGUCACACAUGACGGGCAUGUACGGCUUCGACGCCCAGGAUGACAGCUUCAUGGACCAGUCCUUUGACUUUGAGAGCGCCUCAAGCAGCCCCGACGCCCUCGCCGCGGGGCCUCCGCUCAAUGUCGCCUCACCAGCCAUGCCCACCAUCAAAUCCAACAACACGCCCAACAAUGCCAAGCUUGCGAACAAGCAGAAGCAAACACAAAAGAAGGACAAAUCUGCGGCACAAUCAGAUUCCAGAGAAGUCUCGCCAAUGUCGACGUUAGUGGCCAGCCACAACUCAUCGCCGAGCACAAAUUUCUUGAACUCGCCGCAGUCCAACAUGGGUCUCGACUUUGCAGUCAUGAGUGCCAACAACAUGUGGCCCAACGGCACCGCCAUGCCUGACGGAUUCGCCAACGGUUUGUCACAGUCGAUGCCCAUCCCGCAGCAAAUGCCCCUCUUCAACACACCCUUCAACUUUACCGGUGGCUACGAACUUCGAAUUCUGCCGACGCCGUUAAAGUCGAGAGUCGAGACCCAAAUCCCCAUUAAGAUGACCUUGUCACCGCUGCCUCCGGGCGUCACCAAGCUGCAUCUCCCCGCUCACACAAUCUCAAAACCUAAGCUCCUGGCAAAGCCCCCUCCAACGCGGACGCCCGACACACUCGAGCUGCACGUCAGUCUCGUGUGCACAAGCGCCAUGGAGCAGCCUGAAUUGAAAAAGGCUGCCCUACAAAGAGCUUCCGUAGCCCCGCAAGGCAACCCACCCAUGCCCGACGAAGAAGACGGAUCGGGACAAAAUGGAGGUGAGGUUCGCAUCUGCUCAGGUUGCAUCACCAGAGAGCGCAAGAGAGCUGCUCGCAAGAAGAUCAAGAAGCCUGAUGAGGAGAAGAUGUGGAGCCAGGAUGAGGAGCGCCGAGUCAUCGUCUUCAACACCCAGGAAGUGAAGGAGUGGCAGCCUCUCAGCGGCGUGAUGGACUCCAACGGCCAACCCGCUGGAUCAAACCGCGCCAUGCAGAUUGAUGCGCCCAUGAGAAUAGCCUGCUACUGCCGCCAUCACGGUGAGAAGAUGGGCUUCAAUGUCAUCUUCACUAUUAAGGAUCAUCAAGAUCGCGUCAUCGCCCAAGCCAUGUCUAACCCGAUCAUGAUUACUGAUGACCACAAGACGCACCCCAUGGCGCAGCUCAACUCUCAACCUCCCAUGUCCGAAACAGUCACCUCCUCCACUAUCCCCUCUAACCCUGGUCCUGCCAUGGACCCCAACGCCAUCCUCGCUGCCAUGCAGAACGGCGCAUUCCCUAUGCAACAAAACGCCGACGCUGCGUCGCUGCACCGAAGCAGCCAGGCUUCAUACGCUAGCUCAGUUGCCUCGGGCAAGACAACACCUACGCUGAGCAACAGCAAUAUCCACGGCAGAUCCAUCUCGCGACCCAACUCGCCGAGCCAAGGCGGCCCUACAGCCAAGCGACGAAAGGGAAGUAGCUCAAGAGUACCAAACGGUCUGGAGAUGACCCGUCUCGAUACCUCUCCAGCUCCUACAUCGCAAGGAGGCCCCGGUAGCCAUAUCUCCAACGCAGCAUCGCCCUUUUCACCGCACUCAGCGUUCCCCGCCGAUGCCUUCUUUGGCCCUAACGGACAGGCACCAUUUAGCAAUGGACCUCCUACGCCAAACAACGAACAGCCCUCGUUGUUUGCUCCCAACAGAUCGACGAGCAUGGACAACCUGGCGAUGUCUCACCUCUACUCUGCGCCUACUUCGUCACACCCUAGUCGUGCUCCCAGCCCCAAUGGCCUCCGCAACUCCGCCGCGCAAGCCCAAAUCUCACAAGCCCUGGGCACAAACGCCAUGUUUGGUAUGCCGAUGGGUGUCAACUCACCGAGAGCGCCACCAGUCAUCCACAAGAUUAUCCCCAACGAAGGACCCAAGAUUGGUGGCAUCGAAGUCACUGUUCUUGGCGCCGCCUUCUUCCAGGGUCUGGAAGUUUGGUUCGGAGAGCAGCGCGCAACCACGACCACUUUCUGGGGAGAGUCUUCGCUUGUAUGUCUCUUGCCCCCGUCGGCUGUCGCGGGCACCGUUGCUGUCACGUUCAAGCACCAGGGCGUCCAGCCUCAGAGCUUCCCUCUUGGAAAGUCGCCGCCUACCUUCAAGUACAUUGACGAUAACGAGGAUAAGCUCAUCAGAACUGCGCUGUCCGUCUUGGGCCACAAGAUGUCUGGACAAAUGGUAGAUGUCAGUGACUUGGCACGCCGAAUUUUGAACGACGGCAGCUCAGGCUGGACAGGCAAUGGCGGCGGUUCGUCUGGCGGCCAAAAUGGUGGUGGAGCUGGCUUUACUCAGGCGUCUCAAGAGCAACAACACCAUGAGCAUCUCGAGUCACAACUUCUUAAGGUGCUGGAUCUGAUUGACCUUGACGAUAGCACCCACCGAACUCGUCUCGAUCUCCGUCGACCAACCGGCCACACCAUGCUUCAUCUUGCAUGCUCGCUGGGAUACCACCGCUUUGUAGCCGCUCUGCUCGCUCGCGGCUCAAACCCCGAUGCUCGUGACAAAGGUGGCUUCACGGCGCUGCACAUGGCUGCUAUCCAGAACAACGCCGAGGUUGUGCGCCGCCUGAUCAUUGCGGGAGCCGAUCCUACUAUCCGAAGCUUGUCUGGCCUGACCCCAGCGGACGUUACGCAGUCUCGCGGUGUUCUUCGUGCCAUCCGCAGCUCUCAACGCCAUGUUCGAUCCCGCAGCGGCGGCUCGAUUCACAGCCGCGCCAGCAGUGCAACCUCAUUGCGAUCACUCUGGGAACCAUUGGCCCGCGCAAACACACAUGACGGCCCGCUGUCUGUGGAUUCGAGUGAAGAGAGCCUUGAAUAUACUUCUGGCGACUUUGAGGACGAGGAUCCCGAUGAGAACAACUACCUGAGCAUGCGCCGCCCAAGCGGUAUGUCUCAGGAGAUGAGCCGACCCGAGCUUUUGGAUGAAGAGAGUGACACGGAUAGUGCAACUGCUUCGCCUACAACAGCUUUGACGACUGUUCUUAAGGACCAGUUCCAGCAGCAGCUACAGCAGUUGCAACAGUUGCAGCAAUCCAUGACGAUGCACCUACAGAACCUGACACAGUUGCCUCAGAUGCAGAUGCGUGUUCCGGGAAUGCCCAACCUGCCCGACUACCAGUUAAUACAGCGACUGAUGCCCCGCAGAGGUGCCCGCCCUGGCUCCUCCGACUCUUCCAACGACGGUUCCGAAGGUAGCCCAGACGCCCCCGGCAAGAUGGACAGCCGCUGGUGGGAUAUCUCGUCGUACAUUGGCGCUAGCAACAACAACAACACCACUAACAAUAAUGUUUCUGCGCCACCACCUGCGUACGACGAAAUCUUCCCUCAAAAGGAUCUUGAUGAGAAGCAGCGUUCGGCCGCAGCCGCAGCAGCCGACGCGGCAGCUGACCAAAAGUGCGCGACACUGUACGAUACACCGUCAACAACCACCAAGAGCAAGAGCAAGAGCAAGGUGGCUACCAAGACGGAGCAGCCCAAGACAGAGAUGCUCAUGAUUGGUCGCAAGAACGCGAUUACCAAAGAGCAGCAGGAGCAGUUCCUCCGCGCUCACGAGCAGAAGCUCAAGGGCAUCAGCAGCGACCGCAACCUCUUCUUCAUCUGGAUCCCUCUGCUGCUAGUCAUGAUUUGCGCCAUGCUCUACAGCUACUUCCCCGGUCUGUUCCCCUUUGUGUGGACAUCGAUCCGCGCCGUCGUGCAGGUUGGCAGCACAAAGGCUAGCCGCUACCUGCAGCUGAACCAGCAACCAGCAGCUGUACCUGCUGUGGAGGUGUAACCAAACUAUACAAGAAUGGCGUUGAGUGUUAUUCUAUUUGUACCCUUUCUUUACAAAAACCAACAACAACAAAGUAGCUCCCUACUUUUUUGGUAUUAUUGCAGCGGGCGGGGUUUGGAUUCUGUUCCAUAUGAUAUGUUUCUGUUGUGUUCGUCAUCUUCAUGUAUACCGGAGGGAAAGAUUCUCCUGUACCUCGCAGCGGCAAGUGCUUUCUUGCUAGACGCUGCGUGUUUGUUGAUUCAUUUUUAUCCGUUUUUGGUUUCUGUGUCCUGGGGUGGUGGUGCUAGGGUUGUUUUGUGUUUUUCUUUCUUACUACAUUGUGUGUCUUUUAUUCCUCUCUCGGAGCAGCAUGUCUGCAUUUUUUUACCUUUUACUCUCGUUGCGAUUUGGGAAUCAGCGAGUCACGGCUUACUUUACGUAGAUAUAUAGGAUUAAUUCUGCCGCUCUACAAGCGGCUGUACUUU